CUUCUUUCCACCCCGGAGAUAAGCGGGAGACAACUUAAUCAGGAAUGCGUCUUUUUCGCGUGAAAAAAAGAACUUCAAAGACAAGAUGAGAAGAGCCACUCCUACCACAGAGACUUCCCCAGAUUGUGACCUUCUUCCACCAUGACUCUCAAAACGAUCCAUAGAACGAGUUCGAUUCUUCGGAUAAAUCUUCCCACUCGCCUCUUCUCCAUCCUCUCCCCAGCACAAGCCUGCCGAUCCACCCAGACCCCAAGCUGUCACAAACCAUCCUCAGACACCGGAAAUACUACAUCAUGUUCAACAACCACAGGACCACCACAGUCCCAAAAUCAUCUCACCUUCAAGUUCUGGACGAGCAAGUCUGCCUGGAAGCGCGCCAGCAUCAACACCCUCCGCUGCCUCGUCGGCUGCACACUGGGUGAUUUCUCCGCUUUAUGGAUCCUCCAAACCUACUAUCCCCAUCUAGGAAUGGGCCUCAUAAUGGGUGCCUCAAUGGCCUCAGGAAUAACCACCUCCGUCAUCCUUGAGACCGUCCUUCUCCGCCGAGGUGCGGACCAACUCUCCUGGCCAGCGGCUGCCCGCACCGCCAUGGGAAUGAGUAUGGUGUCGAUGCUGGCCAUGGAGACGGCGGAGAAUCUGGUCGAUUAUCAUCUCACGGGAGGGAUGGUGAAUAUCGCUGACCCAAUGUUUUGGACUGCUGCGGCUACGUCCAUGGCGGCGGGUUAUUUGGCGCCGUUGCCGUAUAAUUAUUUUCGGCUGAGGAAGUUUGGGAAGGCUUGUCAUUGAUGAAUCAGUGUUUUGAUGUAGUCUAAUAUAUGUAUUUAUAUUUUUUGCGCUUGUAUGUAUGUCUAUUUCCUACUGAUCGGAGAU